GCUCAUUAAACACUCAUCCUAUAUAAGAAGCAGUGGAACACCCUCCAUUUUUCAAUUCCUCUGUUUUCUGUAAACACCAAAGCAUGGUCAGCUUCCCUUCUGAUUCUCAUCAGUUCCCAUUUGAAAAGAAUUGAAUUCUUAUCAUUCAAGAAAUUCAACAGAACAGGAAAGAAAAGGGGAAAAAGCAAAUCAUCCUGCCUCUCUGAACAAGACAAAGUACAGAGUAGUUAAAAGUCAGCUCAUCUACAACUUCUGUUGUAACAAGAAAAGCCAUCGCUGCACAUGAUUUCAUUUUUGGUGGAAGACGAUUCAACACCAACUCAUAAGAAAGAAAAAAUAACUCUUCUUGGUUAGCUCUUUCUUCUGCUAAUUGCUAAGGCGGUGGAAAAGCGAUUGCCCCAUUGCGUACGGAUCUGUAGUCAUCCAUACACUUUCCGUUUGUUCUUUUUCUCUUUUCCUGGAAACUUAUGGAAAUGGCGGAUAAUCCAAAGUUGGAUUUGGCUUCUUGUCGCUGUGAGGCUGGAGGAUUAGAAGAAAACAUGGGAACCCAGAAAAUUUCUGCUUUGGAUCACAUAAAUGGAUUUCAAUACGCAACGGAGAAAUCUGAUAGCUUUGUUAUUGACAUGGAAAGCUUCUCCCAUGGCAGCAAUAAUAAAGAUAUCAACCCAAAUUCAAGAAUUACACUGCAGAGAAGCCUUUCCAGAAAAGGGUCUGUGCGCAGCGGCAGUGGCGGCGGAGGUGGCAGCGACAAGAAGAUUAAUUCUAAUCCUUCUCCUAAUGACAGAGACACUAUUGCUGCUGCCUCCUCACCAAGAGGGCCUAGCAUGCCUGAAAAGCCCUCGCUGGUAGCGGUUGGGACCACUGAUCAUUCCAGUAACCCACAAGUUCAUCAUCAUAUCACCAUUACUACUGCUAGUGGCAAACUGAAUCCUUCCACAGAAAGCAGAUGCACCAUCAGGAGAAACAGUUUCAAGCGUCCUCCUUCUUCAUGGGCAAUUGAUCCCAAAAGGGUUCUUUUCUUUUUUGCCACCCUAUCAAGCAUGGGAACAAUAUUGCUGAUAUUUUUCACUCUUUCAAUGGGCAAGCUCGGUGCAGAUGACAGUGCUCUUGAUUGAUAAUCGAAAGCCAUUGUGCAGUAUAACUUCUCGUAUAAAGAAAAUAACCAUAGCUUACCCUUCAAAGCAGAAUGUGAUCUGAUGGAAAUGUAAUUUGUUGGUGGUGAAAGUCUUUUUUUUUUUUUUUUUUUUUUUUUCAAAUCAUAGGCUGCUGCAAAUGAGAAUUUCAGAGAAAAGUUCAGAAUAUAGAGAAAUGUGAAGAUGGCAAAUAGCUAACCGACCAUCCACCAUCGUGGCUUAAACUAUGGAGUGCUCAACUUUUUCAGGGAAAUAUUAGUAAAAAAAAUUUAGAGAUGAAGACAAGAACAUACACCAUUGUGACAAAGAGAAGGAAUCUUCUUUUUUAUAUAAAUGGAAGAGGAAAUGUGAUGUUUUUGUGCUAUCCUAUAAAUCUUAGUGGAGGACAAGAGAGUCGUUACUUUCACUUUCUUUCUUCCACAAUUUUUUUUAA